CUUUAUGAUAACACAUUAUUAGCUGUUGAACAAUUACUCAUUGCCUUUUCCUUGAAAAAAAAUUGUGAUGUCAUGAAGUCAAUAGUGUCAAAUUGAACAAUGCGUUUCAGGAAAUAUAUAAAGUUUAAAAUGCGUGCUGUUUUUACGAAAUCAUCGCGGACGAAAAUACUUAUCCUAAUUGUUUUAUUGCUUGCAUACGUUAUUAUUUACUUCGUUGUGUUGGACUAUUUGAUUUCAAAGACCCAUUCGGAUGUUAAAUCUUCUCUGAAUCUUCCGAAUGUGAUAGUGCAUAUUGAUUUCAAGGGCUCUCCGCCCAAACUGUCUUACUUGAAGACGCUGUUGCCAAAACUGCAGGAGCUUAGUGUGACAGGAUUGUUGCUGGAAUAUGAAGACAUGUUUCCAUACGAAGAUAAUCUUGUGAAUUUGAGCGCUAAAAAUUGUUAUUCAAGAUCCGAUUUACACGACUUUGUCGCGACAGCAGCACAAACAGGUUUCGAGUUAAUACCUUUAAUACAAACUUUCGGCCACAUGGAGCACGCUCUGAAACUGAUGCAAUUCCAACAUUUACGAGAGGAGGCACUUCACCCCGACUCUCUGUGCCCCAGCCGCGUUGAAAGCCAGGAUCUUAUUAAGAGUAUGCUGGAGCAGGUCGUCACCUUUCACAAUAAUAUAUCGCCAUUAAAGCAUUUCCACAUCGGUUGUGAUGAAGUGUUCCACAUCAAUAAAUGUCAUCUUUGUACAAGGAGAGGCCUUGCCGAUACCGAUAUAUUUGUAAAGCACGUGAAGUCAGUUACAAAACUCUUGAAGCUAAUAAGCCCUAACAUGACAAUUUUAAUGUGGGACGAUGGCUUAAGGAACAUACCAAUAUACAAAUGGGAUACAUUUAUACAAAAUCUCAGUAUUGAACCUGUGUACUGGGAUUAUAGGCCAAGUUUAUCUGUAUCCCAUGUUAAUUUUAUGAAAUACCACGAGAAGUUUCGAAAUAUUUGGAUAGCAUCAGCCUUUAAAGGUGCGGAUGGAAGGGUAGCAACAUUUCCCGAUUUAAAGCGACGUUUCCUCAACCAUUUUAGCUGGUUAAGUUUGAUCCAUAAUUAUAAAUUAGCUGGGACUAAUGACGUAUAUAGUUUCAAAGGAAUUAUUCUCACCGGCUGGUCGAGGUACAGUCAUAUGGAUCCGCCUUGCGAACUCCUACCUAUAUCCAUACCUAGUUUAUAUUUAAAUUUAUUAUUAGUCAAACAUUUUAAGACCACUGGAUAUUCUGAAGAUGAUAAAAAGCUAAAGCUUAAUGAAUAUAUCAAUAGAUAUUUGGACAGUGAUUUUAUAGACAAUGUCGAGUGUGACAGCACAAUUAAUAUUGAUUAUUUUGAUACAAGUCAAUGUAAUUUUGUUGGAAAUGAAUUGUACAAUAUACAUAAACAUCUGAAUAUAAUACAUUCAGAUAUAACUUUCAAUAUAAAUGAUGAUGAAUCUGGUUUGUCCUCUGUUGAUUUUUAUUCUAAGACACAUAAUAUUAACAUUAACAAAGUAAAAGAAGAUAUUAAAUGGUGUAAUGAAACUACAAGAGAAUUAUUGUACGUAGAGAAUAAGUUGAGGAACUCACUGACGCAGUUUUAUGAUAAUUUCUUUAUAAACGAAUAUAUUGGUUAUAAGCUUCAUAACUGGAAAAAUCUGUUACAUAAUUUAUCUAAAAACUUAAAAGACAUGCUGAUAAUAAGGUCUUGGGAUAGACGACCGUACGCUUAAGAGACUUAUUUUAAGAAUGUAUAAUAUGAAGUAAUAUAACAUAAUAUUUAUAUUAUUGUAAUCUUAAAUAUGGCCUUUAUAUUUUUUACGAUACUGUAAAUGAGUUAUUAUGUGAUAAACUACAAUUAAAAUAGUUC